UUCUAACUGUCACUCUUCUACCUUAAACCCCCAAAAUUCGAAUUUCAGGACUUCAUCUUUCACUGAUUUCUUUAUCAAUCCAACAAUGGCGUUUGCUUCCGCUUUUCGACGCAUAUUGAGCGGAUCUUCGACGCAAUCGCCGAAUAUUCGCUCGCAGCUGGCUUCUUUUCGCUUCAGUUCAACUCUUGUUACGCUCACCAGCCCUAAGCUCUUCAUCAGUGGUCUUUCACGAAACACAAGUGACGAAAGUCUUUACAACGCAUUCACCCCGUUUGGCAGGCUUCUCGAGGCAAAAGUGAUAGUUGAUAGAGGGUCAGGGAGAUCGAAAAAUUUUGGGUUUGUGACAUACGAAACAGUGGAAGAAGCUGAAAAGGCACGUGAUGGAAUGAACGCCAAAUACCUCGAUGGUUGGGUAAUUUUUGUCGACCCAGCUAGGCCAAAGGAAGCUUAUCAGCCUCGUCCACCUCCUCCUAGGCAAGACCUACGAAACCCACUCUCUACUGAGCCUGCUUCUUUCACCUCAAACAAAACCAUUGGGUGGUCCGGCUGAUUUCUUCGAUUUUUCAGUGGUUAGAAAAUAUUUUGCGUUGGAUUUACUCGAAAAGACACUCUCGGGUAAUUGUUUACUAAUAUGGUGAAACCUCCAUAAAUUAAUUACCUCGUUUAAAUAAUAAUUUCUUCUAGUCCGGACUUGGUAAAAACGUACUAAAUUAUUAGUUUGAUAAUAUAAUAUUUUGCUAAAUUAAUAGAAUUUUGCUAGUCCCUAAUUUAUAGAUAUUUAAAUGUAAUGUGAAAUUUUGUUUAACCAUUUGUUACUACUAUUGCAUAUAUAGCCCAUUGUUUCUAU